AUGCCCAGCCACCCCGUCGGCACCGUGCUGCUGGUGCUUGCUCUCUACGCCCUCCUGGAAGAUGGUAUGGGCCAUCCCCUGCCGGGGUCCCAGCUGGCCACAGCCAGUGCAUCCCACCUGAGGACCAAGCGAUGCUCCUGCAACAGCUGGCUGGAUAAAGAAUGCAUUUACUUCUGUCACCUGGACAUCAUCUGGGUCAACACACCAGGGCAUACUGCUCCCUAUGGCUUGGGAAGCCCGCCCCGGCGGCGCAGGAGGUCGCUAGGCAGGUGCGGGUGCUCGCGCUCGAGGGACAGCAUCUGUGCCACCUUCUGCCAGACCAAGCCCGGGUACCUUCAGCGUGUGAAGCUCCCAGCAAGCUCUGGAGCAUCAGUGAAGUCUCCACAGAGCAGUGGCGUGAAGCCCUCCCAUCAUGGCCUGCUGAGAGCUCUCAGGGAUAUUGCUGUCUCUCGUCUGCGGUUUAGCGAGCAUCAACACCGUUCUCAGAGGAACGCGCAGCCAACGGUUUUGCCUUGGAAGAAAAACAUCUGGAAGAAAAAGAGAUAA